AGGACUAGAAGAAUUUUUUGAUGACCCAAAGAAUUGGGGAGAAGAAAAAGUAAAAUCUGGAGCAUCAUGGACCUGCUAGCAGUUAAGGAACAAAAAUAAUGAAGAUUUACAUAAACUUUGGUACGUCCUACUGAAAGAAAGAAACAUGCUCUUAACCCUGCAGCAGGAGGCCAGGCGGCAGAGAUUGCCAAUGCCAAGUCCAGAGCAGUUAGAGAAGGUAAUAGAUUCCAUGGAUGCAUUAGAUAAAGUUGUCCAGAAGAGAGAGGAUGCUCUAAAGCUUCCUCUGACUGGUCAAGAGUACGCUAGACCUGGUGCUUGGAGAAGAGACAUCUUUGGAAGGAUCAUCUGGCACAAAUUCAAGCAGUGGCCUAUACUUUGGUACCUAAAUGAAAGAUAUCAUAAGAAACGAUUCUUUGCAAUGCCUUAUUGCAAAGGCAAUAAGGAACGUUUUGUCAGGCUGAGAUUUGAGAAGGAAGCCCGCAUCAGAACAUGGAAGAAAAGUCUGGAAAAAAAGAAAGAAAAUUUUUUUCAGAAGUUUCUACAUCUUUCUGAAGCCCAGAAGUCAAGUCUUGCCUAA